AUGCGCUUCCUUUGUCUGCAUGGGCGCGGGACCAGCGCCCACAUUUUCAAGUCUCAAACUGCAUCAUUUCGUCUCAAGCUCGAAUCUCUUGCGCCAGAUACGACUUUUGAGUUUAUAGAUGCUCCAUUCGAGUCCAACCCUGCUCUGGAUGUAGAACCCUUCUACUCGGCUCCAUACUACACUUUCUGGCAAGGGAGUUCGGUUCCUGCUAUCAAAGACGCUCUCGACCGAUUGCAGGCCAAAUUAGACAGUGAUGGACCCUAUGAUGGCGUUCUAUGCUUUUCGCAAGGAUGUAGUCUUGUCGCCAGUUACCUGCUUUACCAUGAGCACUCACAUCCCAACACACGGCCACCUUUUCAGCUGGCGGUUUUCAUAUGCGGUGGGGUGCCUUUUUCCGUGCUUGAAGACUUGGGUCUUCCAAUUUCUUCAGAAGCUCAUCGAUUCGAUGAGGGAACAAGGCGUCUCUUUCUCUCCACAACCACCGAUGAAUGGACUCCACGCGCGGGUACUUGGCAAGUAAUCCGCAGUCUAGGGCCCGAAACGAGCCUUUUUGGGCUAGAUCUGUCACUUAAACCGGCUGAUAUGAGGAUCCGAAUUCCCACUAUACAUAUUUGCGGUUCGAAAGAUUUCCAUUAUCCUGCUGCGGUACAGUUACGUGCUUUGUGUGAGGGGGAGGCGCCGUUGUGGGAUCAUGGUGGUGGUCAUGAUAUUCCACGUGGAAAGGAGACGUCUCAGCAUAUCGCAGAGUUAUUGGUCAAAGGGAUGAGUCAAGGUGAGAAAUAG